UUAAAUACCUAAUAUUUCAGGAUAACAUGGAUAACACACCAUCAGGACACAACAUCAACCAAAGCGCUAAGACACUUCGGCUUGAGCAAAUGAUAGAAGCCAAGUUCUUAGAACUUUUCGGAGAAGAGCACCUGCACAAUGAUAAGCCUCUCCUAAAGAACAUACAAAUUAUUAACAAACGAAUAAAUCCCAUCCAAGCCGACACGAUUCCAUUAGAUAUUCAGUUUGAGAAAGAAAUGAGAUUCCCACCAACACUCAGGUGUCAAAUAAAAGAGGCAGCUGGAGUACCAUCUCAAACAAUUGAUGAUUUCGAAAAUGAAACUGAAGACGCUAUUCAGAUCAAAAUCGAUUCCACAGAAAAGGCGACGAUCGAGGAACAAAUUCCCACUUCGGACAAUAUCUCUCAUCUCGCCAAAAGUAAUAAGAAAAGAAAAAGGGAACUUUGGGCGUAUCAACGCAAUCUUGCCAGAAAAAUACAAAAAGGAUUAUUAACCAAGAAAACAACUGAAAAUCCAUAUUCAACACUCAGUUAAUUACGAAGGAAGGACACCUUCAAGAUUACAAUUGAUCGAGGAGAUCUCAUGCAUGUUAUACAGUUUAUUCCUCAUUUUAUUUAUCAUUUUUUGCUAAUUCAUUAUAACACUACUAAGAAAAUAAAACAAAG